GAGCCGCAGCUGUCAGAGCCGCGGCGGCGACGGCGGCGCAUCGGGCCGAACGGUGGCAGCGCCGCAGCCCGGGCCGGAGCGCAGGAGCCGACGGGGCCCGGCCGGGAUGGUGCAGCGGCGGCUCCGCGGCGAACGCACGCACUGAGCGGGCCCAAGCUGGGCCCCGCGCCCCCCGCGCCCCCCGCCGCCCCGAUCCCGGCCGGCAUGAUGUGCCUGGAAUGCGCCUCGGCGGCGGCGGGCGGCGCGGAGGAGGAGGAGGCGGACGCGGAGCGGCGGCGCCGGCGCCGGGGGGCGCAGCGAGGGGCCGGCGGUAGCGGUUGCUGCGGGGCGCGGGGCGCAGGCGGCGCUGGAGUCUCGGCCGCCGACGAUGAGGUGCAGACGCUGUCGGGCAGUGUGAGGCGGGCCCCGUCCGGACCCCCAAGCACCCCCGGCACCCCCGGCUGCGCAGCUGCUGCCAAGGGUCCAGGCGCGCAGCAGCCCAAACCGGCCAGCUUGGGCCGCGGGCGGGGGGCAGCCGCCGCCAUCCUUAGCUUGGGCAACGUGCUCAACUACCUGGACAGGUACACCGUGGCAGGCGUCCUUCUGGACAUCCAGCAGCACUUUGGGGUCAAGGACCGAGGCGCCGGCUUGCUGCAGUCAGUGUUCAUCUGCAGCUUCAUGGUGGCUGCCCCCAUCUUCGGCUACCUGGGCGACCGCUUCAACAGAAAGGUGAUCCUCAGCUGUGGCAUUUUCUUCUGGUCGGCAGUGACCUUCUCCAGCUCCUUCAUCCCCCAGCAGUACUUCUGGCUGCUGGUCUUGUCUCGGGGGCUGGUGGGCAUCGGUGAGGCCAGCUACUCCACCAUCGCGCCCACCAUCAUCGGCGACCUCUUCACCAAGAACACGCGCACGCUCAUGCUGUCUGUCUUCUACUUUGCCAUCCCGCUGGGCAGCGGCCUGGGCUACAUCACUGGCUCCAGCGUGAAGCAGGCAGCUGGGGACUGGCACUGGGCCUUGAGGGUGUCCCCUGUCCUGGGCAUGAUCACAGGAACGCUCAUCCUCAUCCUGGUCCCAACCACUAAGAGAGGUCAUGCCGACCAGCUCGGGGGACAGCUCAAGGCACGGACCUCGUGGCUUCGUGACAUGAAGGCCCUGAUCCGAAACCGCAGCUACGUCUUUUCCUCCCUGGCCACGUCCGCCGUAUCCUUCGCCACGGGGGCCCUGGGCAUGUGGAUCCCGCUCUACCUGCACCGCGCUCAGGUCGUGCAGAAGACGGUGGAGACCUGCAACAGCCCACCCUGUGGGGCCAAGGACAGUCUCAUCUUUGGGGCCAUCACCUGCUUUACCGGCUUUCUGGGCGUGGUCACGGGUGCAGGAGCCACACGCUGGUGCCGCCUGCGGACCCAGCGGGCUGACCCACUGGUGUGUGCUGUGGGCAUGCUGGGUUCUGCCAUCUUCAUCUGCCUGAUCUUCGUGGCCGCCAAGAGCAGCAUCGUGGGAGCCUAUAUCUGUAUCUUCGUUGGGGAGACGCUGCUGUUUUCUAACUGGGCCAUCACUGCGGACAUCCUCAUGUACGUGGUCAUCCCCACCCGACGGGCCACCGCCGUGGCCUUGCAGAGCUUCACCUCCCACCUGCUGGGGGACGCCGGAAGCCCCUACCUCAUCGGCUACAUCUCGGACCUGAUCCGCCAGAGCACCAAGGACUCCCCGCUCUGGGAGUUCCUGAGCCUGGGCUACGCCCUCAUGCUCUGCCCCUUCGUCGUGGUCCUGGGGGGCAUGUUCUUCCUCGCCACUGCUCUCUUCUUCCUCAGUGACCGCGCCAAGGCUGAGCAGCAGGUGAACCAGCUGGUGGUGCCGCCCGCAUCCGUGAAAGUCUGAGGCGGUGCCGCUGGGACAAUGAAGAGCUCGCACUUCUACCUAGUCUGGGAGGUGCCCUACGGCACCCUGGACCCGCCGGGCUGUCCCAAAGCUUUCUGUGCCAUCCACAGCUGGGCACCCACCCUCUCUGGCCUGGGCCCAUGGAGUGGCCCUGGUUCCAAGAAGAGGCUGUGUCUUCAGUUAACCCGGAAGGAUGUGUGCAUUGGAGCCACGAAGUUGGGCAGAUUUCCAGCCCUGGGUUUGGGCUGCACAGCCCCUGGGGCCAAGGGAGAAGACAGCCUCAACUGGGUAUAUCGGGACAGCCUGGCCUGUCACCAGCUUAUAUGAUCUUGGGCAAGUCCCUGCCCUCCCUGGACCACAGGGCCAAGGGGCUGGACUUUCCCACAAAGCCUGCUGGGCAGGGCACCAUCUACAGCUUUGAAGACCCGUCAGCUCCCGGCCUGCACGGAGAAGAGACGGCCCAGGCCUCAGAGCGCCAGUUCAGGUUCUGAGGCUCACGGAGGGCCUGGUGUGCAGAGUCCGCUGCCUCUCAGCUGGGCUCUGACCUUGGGGGUUUGGACUCAACCUGGCAAAUGGAACUGGGCACCCAAGUCACUGGGCACUUCCUGGCCCAGCUGGCCACUCUGGAGGACACUUGUCUCCCUGCCUUGGGUUGGCUCUUAGCCUAGAGGUCUCCUAGCUGGGGACCAUCCCCAGACAAGGAGCUGGCAUCACCAGGGGUGAAGGCCCUGGCAGCAGCCAUAUACCAUCUGUGCCCCCAGGCUAAAGAUCUUUGGAAGUUACCCACCAGCCCAUCUCUGCAGGCCCCUAGAGUGCUUCUGCUGUCCACCCUCUCCCUGACCACCCCCUUCCAGCCAGGAACCCACUCCCUCCCCCAGGCUGGGCUGAGACUUUUCCAGGGGCAGGGCCCAGGGGACCAUUCCCAGAAUCCAUGGGGCAGGAGCCAGGACUCUGGCUGCUGGAGGAAACAGCUAUCCAUGAGGCUUCCUGCUCCAGGGAUGAGCCUGGUGGAGGCUGAGGCCCACCCUGCCCCCAACACUGGCUGCCGCUGCUCCUCAUAUACUGAGCCCAUGGGGCCAGGCCUUCCCCCCAGCUUUUGAUCACCCCACUCCCGUCUGUACACACACCAGGGUGCAGCUGCCAGCUCCAGACCAGCCCCAACCCCUCUUGGGGGAGCUUAUCCCCCCCAGCUCCACACCAUUCCUGCACAUUUGCUGCAAUCAAGGUGGUUCUGGCCCUUGUGGCCAUUAGGAGACCCCAAGAGCCAGCUGGGAUAGCGUUCUUCCCGCCCCUUAGUGACCGGCUGGCCGUGGCUUCAGUGGUGUGUAAGCUAGUGGAAUACCCACCCACCGAGCUCUGGGGUACCCUGGGGGCCUGACGAGGGGGUGGGGUGGGGGUGGUACCCCCCAAAGACCAGCCUGGCCUCCACCCCCACCCCAGCCUCAGCCGGGGCCCCAGCAAUGUUUUCUUGUUGUACAAGAACCAGGUCCAAGUGUUGCCUCCUCUUCCUUCCGGAAGCCAAACUGCUCCUUUAUUUUUUAGAGCUGCUGAUUGUGAAUCUCAGAGUCUUAAGAGAGAAGCCAAAUAUAUUCCUCUUAUAAAUGAAAAAAUAAACCUAUUUAAAUCA